GUGCCUGCCUGUGCCUAUAGCCGGGUGCUCCCAAGGCCUUCGUUAUUAUCUCUCAAAGCUCGGGAAUCUCUGCCUCCGUUACAACCUCGAAUAUCGGUGGUUCUCCAUCACCUGAGCCUAACCUGGAUGUAUCCUCCGCCCCAUUGAGCCCAUGUAAAGCCUAGUCGUCGAACUUCAUUUUCACCGGUUUUACGAUUCUGUUUGCUUCUCCCCCCACAAUUCUUUCGUUUGGUCUUUGAUUUCUCAGCCCGCUUGAUCUUUUGCUUCUUGAUAGCCCUUUGAGGAGGUUUGAGUCGGGUCAGUGCUGUUCUUCAUGGUCAAAUCCGAUCUCCGGCCUUCGCUAUACUUCACGACCAGCUAAGCUGCCGUAGUGUCAGCCGCUAUCUCUGGCGUUGCCUCCGCAUUGUUUGAUAGCAAUCCUUCCUGCGUUCCUCACAGCGCUCCUCUGGCAGAAUUUGUUCGGCACAGAGCCUCUGUCGCCAAUGAACCCUCAGCCUUUGUCGCUGGAUGACGGUUUCUGUGCAAUACCAAAAAGGCAUUCGGUCGUUCAGAUCAAUGAGGUUCCUUUGGCAUCACCUGUCGAGGAGGACAAGGACGGGGAUAUGCACAGACAGCUAGGGAUCGUAGAGGUGGUCGAAGAGUGCGCCUGGGAUCAAGCAAGAGACGUAUUGUUGCGAGGGCUUGGUUCAAAGAGACCACAAAGUAGUGGUGUAUACGCCAGCAAAAACAUUUCAAAAUUUGACCGCACGAGGAGAUCAUCAGAGGAAUCAGUCGACGCCGAGAAUUGGAGGAAUGAUGCGAUGCGACCAACAAUGAAGCUCCAUGAUCUCCCGCACAUCAGCCCAGGAGAGCCGUUCACAGAGGAUCCUCACCCGAGACGACACUCGACGAUAACGACGCACCCAAGUUCCCUCGAUUCCAGUCUCUUUCAUUCGACUUCCUUACCUUUGCAACCGCGACCUGUUGCGCAGUCCUGGCCUCUCCAUUCUCGCCUUAACUUAGCUUCCCUGAACGGGCCUUGUGGCAUUGUUGGGCCUCUCACACCUCCAGAAGAUCUUGACUCGUUCAAAUGGGAGAGCUCUGAGGAGAUCCAGUCUUCUGAAGGCGUACGGACGGUAUCAGACGUCGACCAAGGCCGUCCUAAUCGACAAUCCCAUAGCGAAUCGCGCCCCCGAUCUACCUCCCGGCCGUCAGAGAUACAGAUGCCAGAUCGAUCAAACCUUGCGCAAGACGCUCCCAGUCGGUCUGACUGGCUGGGUCGCGCUUGCCAACAUCUCGCAUCCAGCUUGGGAGAUGCGGGAAACCAACACCAAAUCCAAAUGGUGGUUCAAGCGUUGCCUUCUCAAUCCAAAUCCACCGAGGUGCAACCAGUCUUCGAAAAAGUGGUUGAAGCAAUUCAAAACCACUGCACAAUUGCGCCAUACAUUACCAUCACUCAUGCCGUUUCUCAAGUGAUGAGUAUGGACGAGGUUCCAGCGUCACCACCCGCGACGCCGAAUGCGAACAACUCGGGCGAUGAUUACUUUCACGACCAGACCAUCUUCACUCAUGCGGCCGUGGUACCGGCAUACCAUUCUCAGUCCAAUCCUCCAAUGACCAUGGGCUCCCGGCCGACCAACAUAAUCGCGGCUCCGAGCAGUAUCCACGUCUCCAUUCUCGAAAGAUACAUCCCUCCGACAACGGCACAAGAAGUCAAUGACUUCUUCACCCUUAGCAGACGUUCCUACCUCGCCGACCGGCUCCUCGAACUCUCCUCCAACAAUGGCACCUUGCUGCUCGUCUAUCCGACCAGAAGAGGAGGAUCGACCUUUGCCGACCGAUAUGUUGGUCCAGUCAUCGAGCCCUUUCUUCGUCAAUUCAUACUUCUCAAUGGACUGUAUACGCAGGUUGCGACGACAUUGGGUCAAAUGGCUGCAGUGGGGGCGAUGAAGAGUUUUGAAGAGAUUCAAGAAGCAGUGACGGCCAUGUGCCAGGCACUGAGUCAACGCGCUCCAUCCCGUGGGCUGCCAAGUCGAUAUACCAUUGUGCAAUCCGAGACCGCCGAUGUCGUCCUGGACCGGGCCGUGUGGAAGGAUUGGUACAUCGAACAAGAGCAGCCGCGUCUGCGUCAAAACAUGGUGGAUUACCACAAGUCUGGCGGUCGCAUGCCUGCUCCACGCGGUCAAAUCGAAGUCACGCCGGGAAUGCUGGCACGUGAGGUAGUAGAGGGCGUCCGCCAGAGUCGAGCAACGGCUGGCAAUACGGGAUUGGAGGUUGGUGUGUUUGUCAUACGCCGCACGACCACGACCGUGUGAUGUUUUGGCUGCACAAAGACGUGUCUUCGUUCUUGCAUGGCGCCGGAGAUCUAAGAGAGAGAAAGUGAUGAUUCAUGUGUCGAGUGAGCAAGGCGUUGUGGAAUAAAAUCAUGCACAAAUGGUAAUUCAAGGAAAUGGCACAUGGUGACGAGAAAUGAAAAGCCCUACGGAUAAUAUAGGGGUGUGCCUUUUAAUUGAGCUGGGUUUCUAACUUCGGGGUUAUGGCCUGCUGAGUUGGAUGGGACAUUUGUUGGGCUGGUGAGGAAUGCCACUCUAGAACAGCUGUUGGAGAGACAGACAUAAUGCAUCAAGCACGAUCAAGCCA